AUGUUAGCGUAUGUUGUUAAAUCUGGAAGCGACGGGGGAUUUGCUAGACGGAAAUAAUAUAAUUUUACUGUUGAGAAACGUGCACGUAAUCCUCAGAUUAUUGGAUUUUCUUUUAAAAAUACCGAUCUUCAUUUGAAGUUAGCAUCUUGGGACUCUCCUAAGAGAAAGUUAGUUCGAUAUUUUUCAGGAGUAAUGUCGAAUCCUGGGACUCGACGGAACGGGUCAAGCAUCAAAAUCAGACUGACAGUAUUAUGUGCCAAGAAUCUAGCAAAAAAAGACUUCUUCCGGUUGCCAGACCCUUUUGCCAAAGUCGUCGUAGAUGGCUCAGGCCAGUGCCACUCCACAGACACAGUCAAGAGCACAUUGGACCCCAAAUGGAACCAGCAUUAUGACUUAUAUAUUGGGAAAACUGACUCAAUCACUAUUAGUGUAUGGAACCAUAAGAAGAUCCAUAAAAAGCAAGGGGCUGGCUUCCUAGGCUGUGUGAGGCUCCUGUCCAAUGCCAUCAGCAGACUCAAAGACACAGGCUACCAGCGUCUGGACUUGUGCAAGCUGAACGCCUCAGACAGCGAUGCAGUGCGAGGUCAGAUAGUCGUUAGCCUCCAGACCAGAGACAGGAUUGGCAGUGGCGGACCUGUGGUAGACUGUAGAGGACUGUUAGAAAAUGAAGGACCAGUCUAUGAGGACUCUGGACCAGGGCGGCCCCUCAGUUGUUUUGUGGAGGAGCCUUUGCCCUACACAGACCCCACGGGGGCCGCCGGCGGGGGUAACUGCCGAGCUCUGGAGUCGCCCAGUCAGGAGCAGAGGCUCCAAGCACAACGCGUCCGAAACCAGGAGACCAGGGGUCACGCGCACACCCCUCAAAACCGGCCGCAUGGGCACCAGUCACCCGACUUGCCUGAAGGCUACGAGCAGAGGACCACUGUGCAGGGCCAGGUCUACUUCUUGCACACACAGACCGGCGUGAGCACGUGGCAUGACCCCAGAAUACCACGGGAUCUGAACAGUGUGAGCUGUGAGGAGCUGGGCCCUCUGCCGCCUGGCUGGGAGAUCAGGAGCACAGUGUCAGGAAGGAUUUAUUUUGUCGACCACAAUAACAGAACCACACAAUUCACAGACCCCAGAUUACACCACAUCAUGAGCAGUCAGAACUCUCAGGUAAAGGAGUCGAGCCAGGCUUUGCCAGCACAGAUGGAGGUUCCUGUGGAGGAGGUGGAGGGAGAGCUGUCUAUGCGCUAUGAGAGGGACCUUGUGCAGAAGCUGAAGGUGCUGCGUCAUGAGCUCUCCCUGCAGCAGCCCCAGGCUGGCCACUGCCGCAUAGAAGUAUCCCGCGAGGAGAUCUUUGAGGAGUCUUACAGGCAAAUCAUGAAGAUGAGGCCCAAGGACCUGAAGAAGCGGCUCAUGGUCAAGUUCCGUGGAGAAGAGGGCUUGGAUUACGGUGGAGUGGCGAGGGAGUGGUUGUAUCUCCUUUGUCAUGAGAUGCUGAAUCCAUACUAUGGCCUGUUCCAGUACUCCACAGAUAACAUCUACACGCUGCAAAUAAACCCAGACUCAUCCAUCAACCCUGACCACUUGUCAUACUUCCACUUUGUGGGGCGAAUCAUGGGCCUGGCUGUGUUCCACGGCCACUACAUCAACGGUGGAUUCACACUACCCUUUUACAAGCAGCUUCUGAGCAAGCCCAUCCAGCUCUCUGACCUGGAAACCGUGGACCCUGAGCUCCACAAAAGCCUUGUCUGGAUCCUGGAGAAUGACAUCACAUCUGUCCUGGAUCAUACGUUCUGUGUAGAACACAAUGCCUUUGGCAAAUUCCUUCAGCACGAGCUGAAGCCCAAUGGCAGAAACAUUCCUGUUACAGAGGAGAAUAAGAGAGAAUAUGUGAGGCUCUACGUGAACUGGAGGUUCAUGCGUGGCAUUGAGGCCCAGUUCCUCGCUCUACAAAAAGGGUUCAAUGAGCUCAUCCCACAGCACCUGCUCAAGCCUUUUGACCACAAGGAGCUUGAGCUAAUCAUUGGAGGCCUGGGGAAGAUCGAUCUGAAUGACUGGAAAGCCAAUACGCGCCUGAAACACUGUGUGGCUGACAGCAACAUAGUGAAGUGGUUCUGGCAAGCCGUGGAGUCUUUUGAUGAGGAGCGGAGAGGGCGGCUGCUCCAGUUCGUCACGGGCUCCACACGUGUGCCCCUGCAAGGCUUCAAAGCACUCCAAGGUUCUACAGGUUCUGCAGGACCAAGACUGUUCACUAUCCAUUUGAUCGAUGCCAACACGGAUAAUUUACCCAAAGCCCACACAUGCUUUAACCGUAUCGACAUUCCGCCUUAUGAGUCUUACGAGAAGCUCUAUGAGAAGCUCCUGACUGCCGUGGAGGAGACAUGUGGCUUUGCUGUGGAGUGAAACUCCUCUUUCAGUUUGCCCGCCUGCCGGCAUCAGUUAACCCGCCUAACAGCCCCUUUACCCCCUUCUCAUCCCUACUCUCCCCCAGGGAGCACAGACUCAUGCCAUACUGCAUGCUCCCGUGAGACCCGCGAGCCCUUCUCCCAGGAGCACAGAGGGGGCAGCUGCUACCCAGGGAUAGGAACUAUUACACACAGCCUGGUUCACACACAGGCUACUCAUGGACUAUUUAUUCUUGGUGUGAAUCUCACUCUCUUUUUUUGGCAUUAUUUUGAUGACAGGUACAACAAAAAACAGGCUUUUUUGUAUCACUGAAACAACUGGUUCUAGUCUUAAUUUUGAAUGUAAUUCACAUUUUACAUUGUACCACCUAGCUGUAAUAACCUGAUCCUCCCUGACCACCUGUGAUCUGAAAUAGACCUCACUUUUUAAUUUGGCCAAAAUCAUUACCAUAGCUGGGAAACAAAGUGACAACCCAAUCUACUUAAUGUGUAUGUGGAAGCAACAAAUGGGCUGGAUGUUUCAUUAUUAUGCUCAAAUUGAGAUGUAGAUUAUGUGAUUAUCCUGCCCCCAUUUUUUCUGCCUUCUAUGAUACAAUAACAUUGUACUUUUCAGUGGUAUACAUUACUUAAAUUGUAGAUCACUGUCAUUUUUGUAUUAGGCAUUUUAACUUGAAUGCUUGUUGGAAAUAUAUUAACUUUAUUCCUUAACCUCUUCUUGCCCUAUCAAGGAUAUGAAAAUUUGUCAAGUCUUGGCCCCUUUGGGACUGAAAUGGCGAUCCAAAGUGUGGAUACUAACAGAAGUACAUGCUUUAGUUCAUGGCCCACAUACACUCUAAAGAGAGACGGAGAGCCUUUGAAAAUUCUGAUGUCAGCAUUAUCUACAAUAAGCCAGUAUUCUCCAUGACACCUUUUAAACUAACCUUUAAACUUCAGUCUUUUGCACAUUGCACAUUUUAUUUUAUUUUUUUUUAAUUAUUUGUAGAGCAUUUCUAUUUCUAUCAACAAAUAGCUCCUGUUAAGAGGUAAUCUUGAGCAAGUGAUCCCAUGUAUAGAGAGUCAAGCAAUCUCAGUUUCUAUCUGUUUUUGCAUUACCUGCAGAUCUAAAGUGGACUACUACCCUUGGUUCCUUUUCCAUUGCAUGGGUGAUUUAUAAAUGAUGUGGUUUUUGUAAUCAUAAAUGUUUUGGAGAAACUCAUAUAGUCCUCAAGUUGAAUUGGACUGUGCUGAUUCAGUUCCCUUGUUGACUUUGCAUUAACUGGUCAUAAUUUGUCUUCAUAAUGUGCUUUCUAUCACACAUUUUUCUGCAAGACUGUUAUGUCUGUCACUGAAACCACUUUUUAAACCGGCAACUUGUCUAUGGCACUUUGACUAGCACAUAAGUACAGUGUCCCCAGUAGUGAAAAGCUGAUGACUUGGACAGCAGUGCUUUCUUGAAGACCCUGUUGAGCUGUUGUGGUUCUCUGAUAUUUGUGCAUAUUUUAUAAUGUCAGACACAUUAUGUUUAGGUCAGAGCAGGUUAGAGCAGUGAGGGGGGUCUGAGACUUCAUUUUGUAAUGCUUGAUGUGCAUGGCACCAGAUUAUUCUUCAUAAAAAAAGUUGAAAGAAAAAUGAGCCAACUUUUUAGUUGUGUGUUCUGCAACCACUUGAUCUUUUUUUUUUAACUAAUUAUUUAUUACUAUGUAAUGUCCUUUUUAUGUAUUGCUGCUAUUAUCGUUAUUCCCUGUUUUUCAGAAAAGGCCGAUUUCUUGUGAAAGCUGUACACUACUCUAUUUUAUGUAUGAAUCAUAGUAUUUAAACCUGCUGCUAAUUCAGAGAAGCCUGUCCCUUGGCCUGGAUUGAGUUAGCAUUGAGGUAGGCCCGACCCUGGUGGUCAUGUCCAUGUUUGUGAUAUAUGCAAUAAAGUCCAACAUCUUUA